AUGCGUCUCCCGCCGAUCAUGGAAUUCAGGUGGUUAGCCGGUAACGGUAUCCAGGCACGGAUCAAAAGUCACAUGAGUCUAUGUGGAGACACCGCCCGGAGGCCCUCGAAUCGGAACAGGGGUCACGGACGAGCUUCGCCCUAUGCAUCCGUAGACACAGAAACAGAUCAGAUUGACGUUGAACGGCGUAUCGGGCGCGGCGUGGCCUCGCAGAACUACAUCGGAGAUGACAAGAAUAAACUACACUUUAAAGAAGGCGAUGAGCUGACCAUUCUCGGAGUGAGUGAUCACUAUUUCCUGGCUCGCGUCAAAGAAAAUCAGAGCACGGGUCUGGUUGCGAAGCGUUUCAUCAAACGUCAGGAGAUCCCUGCGGAAGCUCAGAUAGACGUCGAUGUACUGUCUCUUGUAAACUCACCAGCCGCGGUCGAGGAUGGCGAGGAGGUUCAGCCGACGCCGUCGGUCGGAUGUGUCGUCGACGGAACUUCCGUCACAGAUCCUGAGCUCUGCUCCCAAAUGCAGUCUUCGGUGAGCCCGAUGGAUGUUUCCGGGGACAGCGCUACUACUUCGGAACCUACGCCGGUCCUAUCCGAGGAGUUGUCCACGGAAGGUUACAUUGCUUACCUGAAAAAAACUGUUUACACCACCAUAGCGUCCGCCAUUGAGCCGUCGAUGAGAUCUCGGAAGAUAAUCCGGAGCACCGGAGCUCAUUCGCGAUCGAAAACCCCCGAAAUCGGAACGGGAGAAACUGCCGAAUCCGGUCAAGUGUCCAAGGGGAUUCCUCCAGCAGAAAUUUCGGAGAAGCCGGCUGCGGAAAUCCUCGAAAAUGCCUUGCCUUCUGGGAGUCCAGCCGCGGACGCUUCGGCGGAUCAGGCAUCGAAUGCAGAAGCUGCCGCCGUGGUAGAGAACUCUUCGAGUCCAGAAGCCACCGACCCUACGUCGCCUCAAUCCUCCGGCACGUCUCCGGGAGAGCAGGCAAAGCCAACACGAGAAAUCGAUGAAGAGGCGGUCUCGAACAACGAAUCGGCUGGUGAACUGAUAGCAGAUCUGAAGCCGCUCGCGGACGCUCAGAUCCAGCCGGACAUAGAACCUCAGGCUCAGCCCGUCGCAGACCCCAAGGUGCAGCCUGUCGCAGAACCUCAAGCUCAACCGGUUGUGGAGGCUCGAAUCCAGCCUGUCGCGAAACCCCAGGUCGAGCCUGUUGCGCAACCGCCGCUGAAGCUGGACGCCGAAGUCCAACCGGCCGCGCAAGCUCAAGUGCAGCCGGUCGUGGUACCUGAAGUGCAGCCAGUCGCGGAACCUCAAGCGCAACCUGUCGUCGAACCUCAAGUGCAACCGGUUGUGGAGGCUCAGAUCCAGCCUGUCGCGAAACCUCAAGUCGAGCCUGUUGCGCAAUCGCCGCUGAAGCUGGACGCCGAAGUCCAACCAGCCGCGCAAGCUCAAGUGCAGCCGGUCCUGGUACCUCAAGUGCAGCCGCUCGCAGAGCCCCGAGGCCAACCGGUCGCCAGCUCUGGUCCCCCGAUGGCAGGCCAGGCACAGGAAACGCCAUCCUCAUCCAAAGAGGCUUCCACCGUUGAAGCCGGUGCUCCUCAAAAGGAUGGCGGCGAAGAGCCUUCCCUGUCCGAGCUGCUUAACAGUUCUACCGCGAUGAAUGAGAUCGGAGAGGAACUCGACUUUGGAGCAGGAGAGACGACGGCCCCGUCUAAACCCACUCCGGAAGUGAGGGAUCAAGCUCAAGUCAAUUCUGAGAGCGACGCCUCCGGGGAAAUUCUCUCUCCUUCCCUAGCUCUUCCUGCAGCCGAUGGCGAUUCCGUCUCGCAAACGAACAAACUUCCCGAACCCAAAGUCACAUUCGGUAGAGCUGCUCCCAAAGAGCUUCCCCCACAAAUUCAAAAGAUCCGACCCACCGCGGCCGGGCACACCCAUUUCCACACGAGAAACGCACACGGUCACAGUCAUGGCCACGGACAUUCUCAUGACGACCACGGACAUGAACAUCCCCACAAUCACGGUCACUCGCACGGAGACGCACACGGAGCUCCCGGAGCCCCCACCGGAGCCCCGGUCGCUAAUCUUGAUGAGCAAGUGGUGCCCCAGGCGCAUUCUUAUCCUGGAGAGAAGCCGGAACAGGUCCAGACAGAACCGGCGUCGCUACCUGAUGCUACAAAAGGAGUCACUCCGAGUUUUGACGUCGAAGCAACCCCUUCGACAACUGCGGUUCCAGAAGCCUCGGAGAAGAAGGAACCAGAUCAAUAUAAAAUCAACAACGUUGAGCAAGUAUGCGAGCACAAUGACGGGGUGGGCUGCGGUGGUGAACCCGUUCCCGGUGCGGUUGCCAAGAAAACAGUGCCGACUGCAUCCCGACCCGACGAAUCGGCGAUACGGGAAUACGUGGGCCUUGUUCUAUCGAUGAUACCGGAACCAGCCCAUGGCUGGCUUCUUGAUCUCGAGGCGAAAGGCGUCUCGAGUCACGUAGUCGUUCUCACUCUCCUCUGCGGAAUUCUUGCAUCGUUCCUGGUCGUGUUUUUCUCUUUCAUCACUCAGAGCUCCAAGGAGAGCGCCCUCCAAGACUACAUUGCUCGACUCGAACAACAGCUCUUUUCUCUGAGGAAGGAACGCGAAGUUCUCUUGGAACGCUCCGACCAAACUACAACCGUCCCGGACGAGAUUCUAGAGAGACACGAAGAGGAAAUCAGAAUCCUGCAGACCCGAACAUCAUACGCCGAGCAGGAAUUGGCCAUCGCCAAAGACGGAAUCGCGAAGUAUCGAGAAGCUCUCAGGGAAGCGCAAGAAGCGGUCUCUGACAUGGAGCUGGAGUGCCAGAAAAAACGCGACGAAUUCGAACUGAAGCAAGAAGAGACCAUGGAGGAGAUGAAUGAGCUCCGAAUCGAGCGAGCCACCUUCGAAAAAGUCCUGGAGGAGAAGGAGCUACUGAUCAAGGAGCUUCGUGAUACAAACGCUCAGCUGUUUCAAGAAGCGCAGAUUUGGGAUGAGCGGCUGAAAGAGCUAACGAUCAAGCUCGACGAGGUCACACUCGAGCGAGACAGAGUCCGUGAAGAGUUGAAUACGUCAACGUCGGAAGUCGAGUCGCUGAGAGCGAGCUUGAAAUUAUCGAGUGUUUUGGAGAAAGCUCGAGAAGUCGCAGAUGACACGCAAGACGAGGAUGUGGUAAUCGCGCGUUUGCUCGAUGUCCAAGCGAUCUCAUCUGAAAACGAAUCGUUGAAAAAGAAGAACAGCGCUCUCGAGGACGAGACAACCGAAGCAAAGGCACAACUCGACAAAUGGCGCGGGGAGGUCGAGUCAUUGAAGGAUGCUGUGAAACAGGCGCUCAAACAGAAACAGGAUUCCGAGCAGCGGCUGCAAGUUCUGAGCGACUACUUCAGGGAUAAGGAGCUCACCCUUCAGAGGGACGUUGUGAAACAAGAGACUCUGCGACAACAAAAAGAAAAUGACGCUCUCGGUAUCAACGAACAACUGGAUCUCUAUAGGGAGCAGAACAUAACCCUUCAGUCCCAACUGACGGCAAUCAAGGAAGAGCUAGGAAUUUCUGAGCGACGCUUCAAAAGGCAACUGAUGGAGCACGAGAAGAAAGCUCACGACAACUGGAUGGCUUUCAAAAACGCCACGAAAACCGUCGAGGAGCUCCAAGGCGAACUGCAGACAUUACGGCAACAAUUGAUUCAAGUACAAAAAGACCGGCAAACAGCGGAAAGAAUGGUCAGCUUACCGCAGGACCGACCGAGACCUCCGCCACCGCUGCCUUUACCGAAUGGAGUUGUCACAGCUUUGCCGCCGGUGCCGCUCCUCAAUGAAGUUCUGAAAGAUCUCCCGUCACCUCCGAUGCCACGUUAUAUCGAAGGAGCGAGGAGAACGCCACCUGUUCCGCUCCCGUCGGUUCUCUAUCAAACUUCAUCGAGACACAGUUCAGAUCACUCAGUGCUGUCGGGAGGUUCCCGUGGAGGGAUCUUGAGUCCAGAUCUCCGGAGGUCUUCAAAUCAUAGGAGGAGCGAUCGAGGUGACCGUUCGAGGGAUAGCAAUCGAUAG